AUGCGGAAAAAAAGCCAAAAGGGCAAGCACCCAUCGGGCAUCGGUCUUGUGUCGACAAACUUGGUGGACGGCGCAGACAGCGAUAGCAGCGGGAACGAUGAGCAGCCCGGAGACGGCGUAGUGGAGCCUUUCUUGCUUGUGGAUUCGGUCGUAGUCUAG